AUGAACGCUAGACAAAUUAGAUUAUUAGUGAUAUCAGUGGUUCUGAUCAUUGUAAUCAUCACCUUAUAUUCAUCAUCAGCUCCGAAUUACAAUUUUACCAAUGGAAUAAUCGAUUCUACCAACAAUGACAAACUUGAUGAACAAAUAAAUAACGAGAUUGGUAAAUCACAAAAGAACGAAGAAAAUGUUCAAGAAAACAAAGAAGUGGAUGAAGCUGAAGAAGCUGAAGAUUUACUCUUUGAUCCUGUUAAAGAAUUAAUUCAAAUCAGGGCUGUUUCACCAAUGGUGGUUUUUUCGAAAUCAUAUUGUCCAUAUUCAAAGAGAUUGAAAAAAUUAUUGGCAGAUAAUUAUGAAAUAACUCCAAUGUAUGCUGUUGUUGAAUUGGAUAAACAUAAACAUGGUAAACAACUUCAAGAAUAUUUAAGUACAAUUUCAGGAAGAUCCACUGUUCCAAAUGUAUUAAUUGGUGAUAGUAACGCUUCCAAAGGUGGUUGUGAUGAUUUCUUGAAUUUACAUGAAAGUGGGAAAUUAGUCGGUUUACUUAAUGAUUGGGGUAACAAAAAAUUAUCUGUUAAGAAAAUAGAUGCUCCACUGAAUUUAUAG